AGUGUAUAUGCAUCUUAUACAUGUUCAGGGUUGUUUAUUUUUUCUGCCCAAAGUGCCCAAUGGAAAAAAAGGCCAAUAUCAUAGCUUGGCACAGUAUCAUUACAAGGAAAGAUUCACAUUUUAUCAAUGUUGUCUAUGUAGAUCCCAGCAUUUGUGACCUAGUUUCAGUGCAGUUAUAAUGGAAUGCCAACAAGUGAUUGAGUGAGAGUGAUUUCCCUGUUCCAACAGGAAGGAUAUGAUAUAGGUUUCCCUCUAGCGUUUGGUGAGCUUGCAUUUCCUUCCUUAAAUGCCUAUUACAAUACGGCUUAAACUGCCAGAUCUACCGUACUGUAAUUAAACUGAAAGAUGAGUCAAUUUUCCAGCAGUGAAUAAAAAGCGUGGGUGUUUACGGAGCUAGGAAGAGUUUAGAAGAAUUUAAAGUACCUUUUGUUGAUGUUCCCCGACCGGAGACUUGACAGAAAAGUCGGCUGUGGACUGUAACAGCUCUGCCGAAUCUGUUCAGUAGCUGCAAGGACUUUCGACAGAUAGUAUGGGAAAAGUAUAAAGGAUGAAAAGAGCUUACAGAUGUUCCUUGACGUUUCUGGCACUUUUGUGUAUGAUAAAAGUAUGUGAAUUGUGCUCAAGUGUUAAAGCAAGUCGCGCUACAAAGUUUGUGGCGGAGGGCAGCCGUCUCCAGUUAAGCUGUGAAGUGCUACACUGUGGGCUUCCUGGCUGGACUGGAGGAUGGGUUUUCCAGGAACUGGACAGAGCAGGAUUUACUUCCCUCACUCCCUCUAAACGAAUCGAGAUGUCCAAUUACACCUCAACAGCCAAUGGCACGCAUCUGUUCCUCCGCAUUCACAACCUUAACCAGACAGAUGCUGGAGCGUACAAGUGCCUGAUAUACUGGCCUGAUAGUGUCACUAGCAGUGGACAUGUGACAUAUGUGAAUGUGACUGCAGCAGCAGUAGAUUCACCAGGCAGAAGCCUCUCUCAUAGAGUCCUGCUUUGUCUUGGUUCCUUGAUGUGUUUUCCUGUUGUUUUGGGAUUUGUUUGGUGUCUAACCCGGAAUCAUCGACUGCCACCACCCCCUGUCCCGCCUCGCACGUCCUUUGCAGCUGGAGUGAAACCAAAAAAGGAAUUGGUGUAUGCAGAAGUUACAUUGAGCGAUUCAAGGCGGCAGAAUGAUCAUCCAAAACAAGCAUCUGAGCCAACUGUCUAUUCCUCUGUGCAUUUCUCCUGAACAAAAAGACAUCUUGCAUUUCUAUCUCGAAUGUGGCUGUGGGUUAUUUUCAAUAGCAAAAUAAACAUGACUGGAAACAUAGUGGCAGUACUGUUGCAAAGAUCCUUUGAAAUGUGAAUGCUAGCAUUGUUACACUUUGUUUUAUUAUACAGUAGUUGUAUUACCAUAUUAAAUGCUGUUCUUCCAGGAAUGUGCCUUUUGUAUAUAAAUUGUGUGGCUGUAUC